AUGGCGGUGGCUGGGUCGGCGUCCCAGCAGCAGCAGCAGCAGCAGCAGCUGGUACAGUGGUGUACGCAACAGUUGCGGAGAGCUUUCGGCCUGGACGUCAGCGAGGAGAUCACGCAGUAUGUUUUGUCAAUUGAAACGGCUGAAGAAAUACGAGAAUAUGUUACUGAUCUCCUCCAGGGAAAUGAGGGCAAAAAAGGUCAAUUCAUAGAGGAACUUAUAAUCAAAUGGCAAAAUAAUGGCCAAGAGUCAGUUUCUGAUCCUUUGCUGCAGUGCUUCAAAAAAGAUGAAAAUUUAGAUAUGCAAAAAUCAGGAGACCAGAUAAAGAGAACUAGACGGAAAGGGAGAAACCGGCAGGAAAUCCCUACGUUUGCUGAACCUGACACACCCAUAGAGGUCAAAACACCUUUUGAUUUGGCCAAGGCACAAGAGAAUUGUAACUCCUUAAAGAAGAAGACGAAAUUUGUCAAUUUAUACACCAAAGAAGGACAGGACAGGCUUGCAGUCCUGCUCCCUGGCCGCCACCCUUGUGAUUGCCUGGGUCAGAAGCACAAACUCAUCAAUAACUGCCUCAUCUGUGGGCGGAUUGUCUGUGAACAAGAGGGCUCUGGUCCCUGCUUAUUUUGUGGCUCUCUGACAUACUUUCUAAUUAGCUUCUGUGUUGUUAUGAAAGGAGCUCUGUUGGCACAGAGUGACUGGAUGGAGAAUUCUGGGAAGGUGGAUCUCUCCCCUAAGGACCUUCUUCUCUAUCAAGAAUCUCAAAUUAAGUCUGGCUUAGAGAAGGCUGUCAAACAUAAAGAGAAACUGUUAGAGUUUGACAGAAAUAGUGUUCGAAGGACUCAGGUCAUUGAUGAUGAGUCAGAUUACUUUGCCAGUGAUUCUAACCAGUGGUUGUCCAAACUUGAGCGAGAAGCCCUGCAGAAACGAGAAGGGGAACUACGAGAACUUCGGCAUGCUUCUCGACUCUCUAAGAAGGUUACUAUUGACUUUGCGGGCAGGAAGAUCCUGGAAGAAGAAAAUUCACUAGCAGAAUAUCACAACAAACUAGAUGAAACAAUACAAGCCAUUGCCGAUGGAACCUUAAACCAGCCACUGACCACACUACAUCGAUCUAUUGCAGAGCCUUUAGGAAUUCUGGUGAAUCCCAACAUGCACCAGCCCCCUCCUCAGUGGGUAGACCAAACAGGUGCUGUCUCACAGAAGAAGCCUUUCCAUUUGGCCAGAGCAGAGCUAAAGUUCAAUUCCCAUCAUCACCAGAUGCGGAUCCAGGACCAGGAGUUUCAGGAAGGCUUUGAUGGUGGCUGGUGCCUCUCUAUGCAUCAGCCCUGGGCAUCUUUACUUGUUAGAGGGAUUAAAAGGGUGGAGGGCAGAACCUGGUAUACCCCUCACAGAGGACGACUUUGGAUAGCAGCCACUGCCCAAAAGCCCUCCCCUCAAGAAAUCUCAGAACUCCAGGCUACAUACCGUCUCCUUCAUGGGAAAGAGCCUUUAGGCUCAAACCCAUCCAAACCAAACUCAACUGCCACUGAGUGGAUUCUGAUUUCUAGUAGACCUAUAGAACAGAAUCAGACUGCCCCUAUUUCAACUAACCAGUGGUGCUUCUCUACUCUAGAUCCCUGUCUUUCAUUUCUAUAUCCAGACAUCAGUCAAGAAUCUGAUUCUCCAUUUGUUUUCAUCUGCACAAAUCCCCAGGAAAUGAUUGUGAAGUUUCCUAUUAAAGGAAAUCCGAAAAUUUGGAAGCUGGAUUCCAAGAUCCAUCAAGGAGCAAAGAAGGGGUUAAUGAAGCAGAAUAAAGCUGUCUGACCCAGGAGAAAAGAAACUAUAUACAGCAUAGUGGAGUUUUGUGUACUAAAUUGCUAUCCACUGGGCCUUUGGAAUUAAAGCAUUAGAAAACUAAAGGCUUGCAUCCCUCAGAAUUUAAAGUCUUCAAAAUCUGUUUAUUUUUCUUAAAGGGUGUAAUUCUUACUCCCUGUAGUUGGUCAAAAUCUUUGAAUACAUUCUUUAUAAAAACCAAAUUUAAAACUUCUAA